AUGGAAGAUGAACAAGACAAUAAAUAUAUAGACACUGGAUUUCUGUUCGGUAACGGCUGGGUCAUGACGGGGGCUCACAACCUCCAAGACGGCCCUGAACAAAACAAAACCUCAUCACCACCACAACCAAACCGAGGCAAGUCUGUGUAUGCUGUCUAUUAUCAAGAAAGCAGUAGUAAAAUGGAAUUUAGAGAUAUAAAAGAGGGACAAGGACGACAGGGUACUAGUUCUGGUGCUGGUGCUAGCUCUGGUGCUGGUGCCGGUACUGGUGCCGGUGCUGGUGCUAAUGUUGGUGCUAAUGUUGGUGCUAGCGCUCAAGCUGGUGCAGGCCAUGGUGUUAGUGUUGAUAUUGCUACUGUUGUUGGUGUAGCAGUUGGUUUUGAUAUUGGUUUUGGAAUUGGAGCAGGUGACACUGACAGUGACGGUAACGUUGAUAUUCAUUUUGACGUUGACCUAGAUGCCGGCAUUGACGUGGACAUCAAUGAUAAAAGUGACAGUGUCGGUGAUGACAAUGGUGAUAGAAGCGGUGGAACUGAGGCCUUACAAUGGAAAAGAGUUUUCCAAGAUUUUGCUCAAGCAGUGGUCUCCAUCAUAGGAACGAUAAGUUCUUAUUAUUAG